AUGAUGACCAACUGGAUGCGCCGUACCGGCUGGCAAGAUCUGCUUGGGGGUACAUGCCGCGAUCUUCUCAUUACGAUGUCGGAAUUGCCUGCCCCGACUGGCCGGCUCUUCAGCUCAGCGGCGGAUGAGGAGCGGCUAACCCUGAUCGUGGCAGCAGUCGACCGCCUAUUCGAUCGAUAUGGUGAAACGAUAAGGUGCACCGAUAUGUGCCCAUCCGACGAGCCCGAGUACGACGAACAUAGAGAUAUGGACGAAGACGAGGAUGAAGAAAAGGAGGACGACGAAGAUGAGGACCAAGGCAGCGACAAUGAGGGCGAGAACGGACAUACUGACGAGUUUGGGGGAGAUGGUUAUGAUGAAUCCGACGAAGAAUCGUCCACAAUUCGGUCCCCAAGGCGUCAUGAUGUCGUCCCAGCUGAUCCCGCACUACAUGCGCUAUCCGUGGCCUCUGCUCCUUACAGAGAAGAAUAUCUCCGGCCCCAUGGCUUCACACCCAUUCUGUCAAGAUUAAUCUACUGCGCGCGGUUGAUCUUCAUUGAGGCAAUACUGCCUCGUUAUAGACACCCUUACGUCGAUAUUGCGUUUCGACGCGACAUGGUCAGCUACAGGUUCUGA